UUUCGGAAGUUUACAAAGCAUGGCGGACGGAGAGAGAGUUGGUGAUGAGGUAGCAGACAAGGUCCCAAGAAUGGAUGAGCCUACGCCAUCAAUCAGUGUUCACACAUUUCAUGAUCAAAUAAUGGACUCUGAAUGUUUCUUCCAAGUUAUCAAAUUAGAAGACAGCUUUCACUUGUGGAUAGGAAAUACGCCUGCUACAUUUGGCUCAUUUACCGUAGCUAUGCAAACUAAAUUUGACAAAUUACCAUCGUCAGUUCCACUCAUUGGAGGGUCUGAUUCACCAAGUAAUUCAUUAGCUCUACAAUUAGCAAAGAAAACUGGAAAACAAGUGUUCGUGAGCUGUAAUUUGGCAUUUCAUGGACAAAUGAUGCCACUUGUGGAAAAAAGAAUAUCACAAGAGUUAAACAAACAUCCAGAAUAUUUUUGAGAUGAUUUUGAUGAUUAAAAAUAUAAAGUAUACUUUUAAAAAUGUCCAAGCCGAUUGGAUGCCUAUUGGAUGUCGAAAAACUCAGCACUAUCUUCAAUCUUGUGUUCAAUCACUGUCAAUAUUGAGAGUCUUAUAAAGCUGUCAGUUUGUCAGAUUUAUGUUGUCAUCAAAGGAUUUCGUCCUCAGACGGACAUUCCAUUCAUUAAUAGAAAGUUUGUUAUCAAUAGAACAUGUGAGUGUAAUACUGAAUUUUAUAUUCUGACAGAUAAUUAUGUUGAAAUUCAAUCUAGUUUGAUGACGGAACCAGUACCAUUGAAUCCAUUGCUAGAGGAACAAAUAAUUAUACAAGACACAAAAUAAUUUCUUGACAUUCAAAACAAUCUCUCAAAAAUCUACUGAAAGUGUUGUGUUAUUGGUCUUGAUUAUUCUUAGUUCUUUAAAGUAAAGUGCUUGUUUUCUACCCAUUCACGGUGUUCAGCUGUGGUGAACUUACUGGUGAGCUGUACUGGGUUAGGAAGUAAUCUCCAAGGGGUCACAACUCUUAAUUAGCUGUACUGCCUAGAAAGUGACCCCCAAGGGUCCACAACUAAUGAUUAUCUGUACUGAUUAGUUUGUGAUCACCAAUUGCAAGGGUCCACAGUUCAUGAGUAGCUGUACUGCCUAGAUAGGGAUCCCAAGGGACCAAAACCCAUGAUUAUCUGUACUGCUUAGUAAGCGACCCCCAAGGGGCCAAAAAUCUCAUAAUUACAGCUAGGGCAUCCAAUAGGAUUAAAAUCUCAAGAGUCAGUGACUCUCAGCUCUGAAAUCCUAAGAGUCAAAUCAAAAUCCUGAGAGUCAAAUCAAAAUCCUGAGAGUCAAAUUAUUAAAUUCUCAAACUUGACGGUUAAUCAUUCUCCAAAUGUAAACUGAUAAAUGUGUCAAAAUGUGAAGCGUCAGAUUGACACACUACAUGCAAAAGUCGUGCGUCAAAUUAAUUUUUGCUGCGUCAUUGACCCGAGGUCUCGGGUUAAUGGAUGCCCUAGAUUAGCUGUUCGGCUUAGAUAGUGAUCCCCAAAGGCCAAAACUCAUGAUUAUUUGUACAGCUUGGUUAGCGAUCCCUGAGGGACCACAACGCUAGAUUUUCUGUACAGAUUAUUAGUUAGUGAUCCCCAAGGGGCCAUAACUCUUAAUUAGCUGUACUGCCUAGACAAUGACCCAAAAGGGACCACAACUCAUAUUAUCUUUAGUGCUUAGUUAGGGAUCACCAAGGGACAAAACUCGUUAGUAUCUGUACUGCUUGGUUAGCAUUCCCUGAGGGACUGAAACCCUACAUUAUCUGUACAGAUACCCUAGGGGUUACCACCAUUAGCUGUACUGCUUAGUUAGCCAUCCCUGAGGGGAGCACAACUCUUGAUUUUCUUCUAGCUUCACAUAAGUACAAUUUUUUUCAAAGUAUAUGUAUCACAUAUACAUUGUAUAUGAUUGAUUGUCCAUGAAUAUAUUUUAAUAAUGACUGUGUUAUACAACUAUUCCAGUCACGGUAAGUCUAAACUUAGGCUUUGUGAGUUGAUAAAUCACUUGAACUGGAUCACUUUAAAGGGUAUCAUCUGUUGUGUAUGUAAUAUAGAGUUAUACACUGCCAAGGAGAGGUGAAACGAGUUCAUAAACAAUGGGUAUCAUCUGUUGUGUAUGUAAUAUAGAGUUAUACACUACCAAGGAGAGGUGAAACGAGUUCAUAAACAAUGUAUAGCUACCACACAUAUCAACUCUGCGAACUAAGGUUUCAUGCUUUCAUUAACAUUCUUUAAUACAAGUAUUUCCUUACCAAGUUUGUAUACUUAAAGGGGCAUUCCUUCGUUCCGACAUUAGAAACGUGCAAAAUGUCUAUUGAUAAAAUCUAUGCCUGAAUGAAGAUUAUAUGAGUUUCUGUGCCUACCAGAAAUGAAAGUAAAAAGAAAACAGAAAAAUGAUGUUUCACAAAUGAAUACCGUCUGCCUUUGCGGUAAUUAGUGAUACUUCGGGUCGAAUUUGAGAAUUUUUUAUGAUUUAAUACUUGAAGCACUUUUGUUUCCAUUGGGAGUAAAACUUUCGUAUUAAUAUAAAAGUUAUAACUUUUACUACUUCGUUAAAAUACACAUUUCCCAUUAAGUUUCAUUUUGGAUGAUGGAAUAUGAUUUUAAAUACUACAGUAUUCCUUAGCUUUAAGAACAUAUUUUUGAAGUCUACGUGUAAAAAAUGUAAUUUUGCCUCAGGUAAAGAUUAUCCAGAAGGGAAAGGUUGGUUUAAGAAGUUAAGGAAUGUUCAUGAAAACUAAGCCUUGUCUUGUGUAUAAUUGUAUUGAUGUUUCUGAGUAUUGAAAUAUAUAUACACGUACAUAUGUUAUGUCUAUUGAAGUGCAACAGAGCGCAUGAUGAAUUUGAAAUUUUAACAUGAACAAUGUUUUUAUAAUGCAUGUAUAAUUUUCUUGCAAUUCGUGUACAAUAUUUGUACAAUUUGUAUACAAUAUUUGACCAAUUCUAUUGAUCUUGUUAUACAUACAAUUAAGGAGGAUUCUUGUACUUCAAUCUGAGCUGUCAAAACUGUCCAGUUCAUUUUUAUAAUGAAAAGCAAUAAAAUUGGUGAAACAUUAA